UAACCCAAUCCGGUCCAUUACAGUUUGAACAGACUAUCCCAAAUUCUAAAACCUUGUUUUCUAAAAGGUUAACUCCAAAAUCAUUCUCUAUUAAAUUCAAAAUACUGUCAACACUUCAGCAUUUUUCAUUCAACAAUUUGGACCUUGUCUCCUAUUACUUAUGCCCUAAUACACCUUAA